AAAACUUAUUCCCAUGUACGGGUUCAAAUUGGUGCAUAAUGUUUUGGUACAUGUACAGCAUCUAGCAUUAAUGUUAAAAUAACACUGGUGAUUCUGAGAGGUGCAUGAAGAAGUAGCAGAGACCUUGAGUUUGGUGAGUGAGAGCAUGGUUGAAGGUGCAGUUUCUCCAGGGAGCACAAACAUGUCCUUCACAUCCCUCUCAUGUGCAUUCCCUGAGAAACAAAACUCAGGGGACACGUUUCUCUCAACUCUGCUUCAAUGGUUGGGAUUUAUCUUCCUCUCACCAUGUCCUCAGAGAGCGAUAUUAUCCUUCGUUGAUGUCGUGCUCCUCUUGUUUCUCUUGGUGUUUGCUGUCACCAAGCUAUGGAAGAGGUUCACCUCCAAUGACGCUUCUCACACCCAACUACACAGACCACUCAUCAGAAAAAGCCCACCCAUUUUCUCAACAACUAUAAGGUUUAAGCUUACUUUAACUGCGGCGGUUGUUUUGACUGUACUAUACACUGUUGCUUGUGUUUUUGCCUUUAGAACCUCCUCCUCCGAGGUGCAAUGGAAGCAAGUUGAUGAGGUGUUUUGGUUGGUCCAGGCCAUAACACAUGCCGUGCUUGCAGUGUUAAUCAUUCACGAGAAAAGAUUUGAAGCAGUUACACACCCUCGAUCGGUUCGAGUUUAUUGGAUUGUCAAUUUCUUUGUCAUUUUAUUCUUUGCCGUUUCUGCUGUUAUUCGUUUGGUCUCCGUGGACGUGGAUGAAACUAAAGGCUUCAAGGUGGACGAUGGGGUCUCUUUUGUUUCACUCCCUCUGUCGUUGUUUCUGUUUUUUGUGGCGGUUAAGGGAGCCACCGGCGUUGUUUUGUCGGAGGAAACAAGACCACUUGUUGACGAGGAAACGAAGUUGUACGAGGGAAAAUCCGAGGUUACUGGUUAUGCUUCAGCUUCUGUGUUAUCCAAGGCAUUUUGGAUUUGGAUAAACCCCUUGUUGCGUAAAGGGUACAAGUCGGCGUUGAAGAUUGAUGAGAUUCCAACGCUUUCUCCUGAGCAUAGAGCUGAGAGGAUGUCAUCUGUUUUUGAAUCAAAAUGGCCUAAAUCAAACGAGAAUUCGAAGCAUCCGGUUAGAGUCACUUUGCUUCGGUGCUUUUGGAAGGAGUUAGCCUUCACUGCGUUCCUUGCAAUUAUUAGGAUGUGUGUCAUGUUUGUGGGACCAGUUCUCAUACAAAGUUUCGUUGAUUUCACUUCAGGGAAGAGAAGCUCUCCGUAUGAAGGAUACUACCUCGUCUUGAUUCUUCUCGUUGCUAAGUUCAUUGAAGUCAUGGCAACACAUCAUUUCAACUUCAAUGCUCAGAAGCUUGGGAUGCUUAUACGGUCCACUCUUAUCCCUUCUCUGUAUAGAAAGGGGUUAAAGCUAUCGUUCUCUGCUCGGCAGGAUCAUGGGGUUGGGACCAUUGUGAAUUACAUGGCUGUUGAUACUCAGCAACUCUCUGACAUGAUGCUUCAGUUACAUGCCAUAUGGAUGAUGCCGAUUCAAGUUGGUAUUGGCUUGGUUAUACUUUAUAAAUGCUUAGGUGCCUCAGUAAUCACGGCUUUUUUUGGUCUUGUUUGUGUUUUUGUGUAUUCCCUGAUUGGUAAUCGAAGGAACAACACAUUCCAAUUCAAUGUGAUGACGAACCGUGACUCAAGAAUGAAGGGUGUGAAUGAAAUGCUUAAUUAUAUGCGUGUGAUCAAGUUUCAGGCCUGGGAGGAUCAUUUUAACCAGAGAAUUUUGGAUUUCCGUACCACGGAGUAUGGGUGGCUCUCAAAGUUGAUGUUCUCAAUUAGUAGCACUAUUGUUGUGAUGUGGAGCACGCCGUUGAUGAUUUCAACUAUCACGUUUGGUACGGCUAUGUUGCUUGGAGUUAAACUUGAUGCAGCCACGGUCUUCACCGCUACAACUGUGUUCAAGCUGUUGCAGGAGCCUAUUAGGACAUUCCCACAGUCUAUGAUAUCUCUUUCCCAAGCAAUGAUAUCACUGGAGAGGUUAGAUAAGUUCAUGUUGAGCAGGGAAUUGUUGAAUGAUUCAGUUGAGAGAGUGGAAGGCUGUGGUGGACAAACAGCAGUGGAAAUCAUAGAUGGGACUUUUAGUUGGGAUGACGAUAGCUUGCUAAAGGACUUGAAAAAUAUUAACUUGGAGAUCAAAAAGGGGGAGCUCACAGCAAUCGUUGGGACUGUAGGGUCUGGAAAGUCAUCUCUUCUAGCAUCAAUUCUUGGAGAGAUGCGUAAGGUUUCUGGAAAGGUUCGGGUUAGUGGGAGUGUUGCCUAUGUUGCUCAAACAUCAUGGAUUCAGAAUGGGACCAUUGAAGAAAACAUUCUCUUUGGUUUACCGAUGAACAGGCAGUGGUACAAUGAAGUUAUCAAAGUUUGUUGUUUGGAGAGAGAUUUGGAACUGAUGGAUUAUGGGGACCAGACAGAAAUUGGAGAGCGUGGUAUCAACAUGAGUGGAGGCCAGAAGCAGCGUAUACAACUUGCCAGGGCCGUUUAUCAAGACUGUGAUAUAUAUCUUCUUGAUGAUGUCUUCAGUGCUGUUGAUGCUCAUACUGGCUCUGAAAUAUUUAAGGAAUGUGUGAGGGGAGCUCUAAAAGACAAGACCACUAUUCUUGUAACACACCAAGUAGAUUUCCUACAUAACGUGGAUCGCAUAUUAGUGAUGAGGGACGGUGUGAUAGUUCAAUCAGGGAAGUACAAUGAUAUAUUAGAUUCUGGAAUGGAUUUUAAAGCUCUGGUAGUUGCACACGAGACCUCCAUGGAACUGGUAGAGCAGGGUGGGGUCAUACCUGGUGAAAAUUUGAACGUACCAACGAAAUCUCCAGAAGCAGCUUCUGAACUCAAGGUAGCCAAUGGUGAAAGCAAUUCUCUUGAUCAACCUGAGUCUAGCAAGAAAAGUUCUAAACUCAUCAAAGAAGAGGGGAAAGAAACCGGCAAAGUGAGCUUAGAUAUCUACAAACUCUACCUCACUGAGGCUUUUGGGUGGUGGGGCGUUACACUAGUAUUAGUUCUUUCAAUGUUAUGGCAAGCAUCCUUGAUGGCGAGUGAUUAUUGGCUGGCAUAUGAAACCUCAGAAGAACGUGCUAAAAUAUUUAACCCUUCUUUGUUCAUGUCCAUCUAUGCAAUUAUUGCUGUUGUUUCAAUUAUUUUGGUAUCGGCAAGAACAUACUUGUUUACACUCUGGGGGCUAAAGACAGCACAAACUUUAUUCACACAAAUUCUUCGUAGCAUCUUGCAUGCACCCAUGUCUUUCUUUGACACUACGCCAUCCGGGAGAAUUCUAAGUAGGGCAUCCACUGAUCAGACCAAUGUUGAUGUCCUUCUCCCCUUGUUCACGGGAGUUGUUAUGGCUAUGUACAUUACAGUGCUCAGCAUCUUCAUCAUCACCUGUCAAAAUUCUUGGCCAACAGUGUUUUUGAUAAUUCCUCUUCUUUGGUUGAAUAUAUGGUACCGGGGUUACUAUCUUGCAUCAUCUCGGGAGUUAACUCGCAUGGAUUCAAUUACCAAAGCACCAGUUAUUCAUUACUUCUCUGAAAGCAUUGCAGGGGUCAUGACAAUCCGUGCAUUCAAAAAUCAAAAUAAAUUUUGUGAAGAAAAUCUCAAACGGGUGAAUGCUAAUUUGCGAAUGGAUUUCCACAACUACAGUUCUAACGAAUGGUUGGGAGUACGCUUAGAAUUGCUUGGAAGCUUUGUCUUUUGCAUUUCUGCCAUGUUCAUGAUCAUCUUACCCAGCAAUAUCAUAAAGCCUGAAAAUGUUGGCUUAACUCUCUCUUAUGGGAUGUCCUUAAACGCUGUCUUGUUCUGGUCUGUAUACAUGAGCUGUAUUAUCGAAAACAAAAUGGUGUCUGUUGAGAGGAUAAAGCAGUUCACAGAUAUUCCAUCGGAACCAGCGUGGAAUAUCAAGGAUCGUCUGCCUCCUUCAAAUUGGCCAGGUCAAGGCAAUGUAGAUAUCAAAGGCUUGCAGGUCAGGUAUCGUCCAAACACUCCCCUGGUUCUUAAAGGCAUUAGUUUAAGCAUUAGUGGAGGUGAAAAGGUUGGUGUUGUUGGUCGAACUGGAAGCGGAAAAUCAACUUUAGUUCAAGUAUUCUUUAGGCUGGUGGAACCUUCAGGAGGCAAAAUAAUCAUUGAUGGUAUUGACAUAUCCGUUUUGGGGCUGCAUGAUCUUAGAUCACGGUUUGGUAUCAUUCCUCAGGAACCCGUUCUUUUUGAAGGAACUGUCAGAAGCAACGUUGAUCCAAUUGGACAGUACACAGAUGAUGAAAUAUGGAAGAGCUUGGAACGCUGUCAACUAAAAGAGGUUGUUGCUGCCAAGCCUGAAAAACUUGACUCUUUAGUGGCUGAUAACGGAGAGAACUGGAGUGUGGGGCAGAGACAGUUGCUUUGUCUUGGGCGAGUUAUACUAAAGAGAAGCCGGCUCUUGUUCAUGGAUGAGGCAACUGCUUCUGUUGAUUCUCAAACGGAUGGCGUGAUUCAGAAUAUCAUUAGAGAGGACUUUGCAGCAUGUACCAUCAUCAGUAUUGCUCACAGAAUACCCACAGUUAUGGACUGUGACAAAGUUUUAGUUGUAGAUGCAGGGCGAGCGAAAGAGUUUGAUAAGCCUUCCAACUUGCUUCAGAGACAAUCUCUGUUUGGGGCAUUAGUUCAAGAGUAUGCCAAUCGCUCCAAUGGAAUAUAAGAAUUCUCUCUCUGCUAGUUUUGACAUGUCUGCCUCCGCCAUCCAUGUAUGAAUGACAAAAUAAUGUCUUCCUAAAGAAGCACAAACCAUUUGUUUGAUCAUAUAAAUAUCAUGUAAAGCAAAUGGUCUGCACUCAGAUCGACAGAAAAUUGACCAAUGGAGGUGCAGUCAGUAUUGCCAAUAAUGUCACUUAUUAUUCUUAUAAUAUUCCUUGGCCCUUGCUGAUUUUCUUAAUACUUUAUAAAAUGAUAGUAAGUUACAAGUAAGUUAUUGAUCUUA